AGACGGAAUGCUAUAAGAAUGGAUUAACUCAUGCAAAAAAAACUUUUUUUAUUAACAAGAGUUUCAGUUGCAAAUAUGGCAUAAUUGUAGAUAUACUUGUGUUAUUCUCGCCCUCAUACGAUAUGCAGACAUAAUUAUGAGCUGAAACAGUAUUUGUCUGUGACUAGGGAGGCAGUUCCCUAUUGAAAGUGGUAUAUUACAAGUAAACAUGGGGCCUGUUUAAAAUGAAUAUUCGAGCAUAUUACACGCCAUAUCUCUAUUGGAGAAAAAUAGGUUUAUAUUGGAGUGGAUUCAUUCUCCUUCAGCAUUUCUUGUCAGCGAAUAUAUGUUCAGCAGCACAUCUGCCAGAUUCACAUAGUUAUAACCAAAAGACGAACGAUGUUCGGCAAGUGAACAAAACAAUAUUGGAGGCUAAAAAUGCCACCAUUGGCCAUGACUAUUUUGAAAGAAAUAGACGAGCCAAUUACGCCCAAAAUAACGACUCACAUAUUUACAACAUAUCAUUUUUCUCAAUGAAGACUGUUAAAUCCUUAUUAGGAGAGAAGGAGGAUACUUCGGAAUACAAUUUUAACGAAUCUCAAAAAGAAAUACAGAAUAAUGAAAUCUCAAUUAGGGCUUCGUCGGACGAGAAUAUUUAUAAUUGGACUAAAACGAAAAUAAAAUCGAACGGUAAAAAUGGAAGACGAGGAUUAAAUCCGAAAACGAAAAAUUAUAUGCUAAAUAAAUUGAUUGAUUUAUCAUCAGAUUCGUCGCCAUUCGUUGAAAUAACAACUAAAAGAGUCCAUUAUGGGAUGAAGCCAAAAGAAUCAGUCGAUAAUUUACAAUUAUUUCACACAGUCCGAACAAAAAAAUUGAGAAAAAGAAAUUCCCUGCCAACAAAAGUAAACACCAAUUUAAAAUUAACGCAAACAAUAACAAAUAAAGAGGGAAAAGAUUUAAAUAAUAAAACAUUCAAUUAUUGGAAGAUUCAGAAAAACCAUUCACGAGCCCAACAGACAAAACGAAAACAAACAAAUACCAAAUCGUUUAUAGCAAAUUAUACGGACAAUACAAAUGUGAACAAAGACGUACCUUUAACACCAACUUAUAGUGAAGAUUUCCAUUUGACCGGUAGAAACAAAAGUAAAGGCAAGAAAAAAUACGAAAUAAGUCCAAUUUUAAAUCAUGUUCGGUACACGAGUAUAGAGAACGACCCAACGAAAUUGGCUGAAACGAGCAGUCAAAAAAAUAGUUUGACGCACAGUACAAGAAGACCAAAUGAACUAUGUAAACCUGGCAAAGCUAGUAGCACAGAAUCGAAUAUGCAGCGUGAAACUUUUGUCUACCGUUCAACGCUUGCCAGCGUUCAAGUAUCAGAAAUAAAAAUUCCUGCGAGCAGCAUAAAAGCACAAACAUGGCAUUACAGUUCAAACUACCCACCAUUAACAGAAUCGCAUGGGAGUAAUACACGUCCGCCAACAAACACAGCAAAUAGAGAAAGAAUCAAUUCUGGGCUGGUUGAUAUCUCAGAACCACCAAUACAAACUGACACUGCUGUAUCUAAAUCAAAAACUAAUCCCAUCCUAUUUACGGAAACGAAACAUACCGCAACCAACAAAUUGACACAUUCUGGUUCAACGGGAUAUUACAGUACAUUAAACAGUAACCCGUUAACAGAAUCGCACAUAAGUAACAAAAAAAAUCCAAUAAAUACGGCAAAUACCGAGGGAAAUAAUUCUUUUCAGGUUGGAACGUCAGAAACGCCUACACAAACAGACUCUACGGAUUCAGAAUCAAAACCAACUUCAUUCCAAGUAACGGAAAAGAAACUGACAGCAAGCAGUUCCAAAUUGUCUACUAGUUCAACUUCAUAUUACAGUUCGUACGACAACAACCGGUUAACAGAAUUAUACAGGGGUAGCACAGAACUGUCAACAAAAACAGGAAAAAAAGAAAAUACCAAAGAAACAAAUCCCGGCCAAAAUAAUACGUCUGAACUCAUUACAACGGAAUCGACGAGAUCACCAUCAAUAUCAGCUAGCAAUCCAGUAACGGGAAAGAAACAUACAACAAGCAGCGCCAAAUCGUCUACACCUUCAAUAGAAAACUACACUACACACCCGCUUAACCCGUUAAGAGAAUCAUACAAGGGUAGCACAGAAUAUUCAACAAAAACGAGAUAUACCAAAAAUACAGAAGGAAGAUAUUCCACCGCUGUAGGAACAUCAGAAAUUGAAUGGACAGUUCCAACAUCGAAUGAAACGAACAUUCCAACGGAAACACAAUAUACAGGAUGGAGUAUAAACAUGCCGUCACAUACUAGUGGUUAUUAUACAACUCCAGACAUCCAAGUUUUAAGAGAACCAUACAGGGGUAGCACAGAACAAACAACAAAUACAGAACACACUGAAAAAAUCGAAGAAACAAAUUCAAACCAGGGUAAAACAUCAGAACUCAUUACAACGGAAUCGACGAGAUCACCAUCAAUAUCAGCUAGCAAUCAAGUAACGGAAAAGAAACAUACAACAAGCAGCGUCAAAUCGUCUACACCUUCAAUAGAAAACUACACUACACACCCGCUUAACCCGUUAACAGAAUCAUACAAGGGUAGCACAGAAUAUUCAACAAAAAAAACGAGAUAUAACAAAAAUACAGAAGGAAGAUAUUCAACCGCUGUAGGAACAUCAGAAAUUGAAUGGACAGUUCCAACAUCGAAUGAAACGAACAUUCCAACGGAAACACGAUAUACAGCAUGGAGUAUAAACUUACCGUCACAUACUAGUGGUUAUUAUACAACUCCAGACGUCCAAGUUUUAACAGAAGCAUACAAGGGUAGCACAGAACAAACAACAAAUACAGAACACACUGAAAAAACCGAAGAGAAAAAUUCAAGCCAGGGUAAAACAUCAGAACGCAUUACAAGAGAAUUUACUGAAUCGCAAUCAAUAUCAGCUAGCAAUCCAGUAACGGGAAAGAAACAUACAACAAGCAGUGUAAAAUCGUCUACAACUUCAAUAGAAAACUACUCUACAAAUCCGGUUAACCCGUUAACUGAAUCAUACAAGGGUAGCACAGAACUGUCAACAAAAACAAGAAAUACUGAAAAUAAUAGUCAUCAUCCGACGAGCAAUACCGCGUACAGCACUAACACGGAAGGGACUCAGACAUCACCACAAACUGGCCACGUUGCUAGCUCAGAAUCAGCUCCGCAAACGGAAACUUUCGCCACUUCUUCUGAGCCAGCUAGCGUCCCUGUAACAGAAACGUAUCUCCCUACAACUAGCGAAAAAUCGCCGACUGGUCCAACUUCCGGUCAUACUGGAUAUUACAGCACUUUAACGACAAAUCCCCAAACGGAAACAUUCCGAACUUCUCAUCAUCCGACGACCAAUACCGCGUACAGCACUAACACGGAAGGGACUCAGACAUCACCACAAACUGGCCACGUUGCUAGCUCAGAAUCAGCUCCGCAAACGGAAACUUUCGCCACUUCUUCUGAGCCAGCUAGCGUCCCUGUAACAGAAACGUAUCUCCCUACAACUAGCGAAAAAUCGCCGACUGGUCCAACUUCCGGUCAUACUGGAUAUUACAGCACUUUAACGACAAACCCCCAAACUGAAUCAUUUCGAACUUUCACGGCAGGGAUUCAGACAUCACCACAAACUUCCCACCUUCCUAGCUCAGAAUCAGUUCAGAGAACAUCGGUCCCGACAGAGUCAACUCCUGAGUAUACUGGAUAUUAUAGCACUUUAACGACAAUAUCUCUAACGGACACAUUCUCAACAUUUCAUCAUCCGUUGACCAAUACCGCGUAUAGCACUCACACCGAUAGGACUGAUACAUCAUCACUCAAUGGCUAAUUUUCUCCGUCAGAAUCAACUCCGCAAUCGGACACUUUUGCAACUCCAUCCGAGCAAGAACGUUCCUCUGUAACAAGGAAGUAUGUCUCUACUUAGUAUGUAGUAGUAGUUAGUACGGACUGUUAUAACUUAAUGUUACACCGGAUAUUCCAGCCCUUCAACGACAUAUUACCAAGCCAAGUAUUGCUGUUUAGUAGUCGUCUAUUGUGAAUUUUUUUCCUGAAAUUUUUGUUUCUUUUCUCUUUUUGGUCUAUUACCUUUUUAGUUUGUAUUUGAAAUUUUACAGUAUAUAAUUUUGGUUUGAGUUUGUUUCUAGUUUUACCUCUGCAAUAUCUCUUGUUUUUUGUUCUGUAUUUUAUUGCUAUGAAUAUUUACAAAAUUGAAAUGAUUUUUUAGGAAAUAAAUGAACGUUUUUAUU